AAUGAACAAAGCCCACGAUAAGGCCCAGGCCAGCCCAAGCUUCUGCCUCGCGAAAACCCUAACAAUUCCAGCCCCUAUAUAACCACACCCACGCCGCCUCCGCCCGAACCCUAGAAUCCACCCUGCCGCCUCACCGCCUCUCUCAAUCUGAUACCGCAGAUCCGUCGUCCGGUGAGUGGAAGCCGCACGAACCCAUGGCCUCCGGCGAGCUUGCCUGCACCUACGCCGCUCUCAUCCUCAGCGACGAUGGCAUCGCCAUCACCGCCGAGAAGAUCGCCACGAUCGUGAAGGCGGCCAACAUCAAGGUCGAGUCCUACUGGCCGGCCCUCUUCGCCAAGCUCCUGGAGAAGCGCAACGUCGAGGACCUCAUCCUCUCCGUUGGAUCUGGUGGCGGAGCUGCUCCAGUUGCUGCUGCCGCACCUGCUGGUGGUGCUGCGGCUGCUGCUGCCCCGGCUGUCGAGGAGAAGAAGGAAGAGGCCAAGGAGGAGUCUGAUGACGACAUGGGCUUCAGCCUGUUCGACUGAGGAGACCCCCUCACCCAGCCAUUAGCAAAUUUCACUUGUGCUGUCAAAGACUAUCUUGUCUUAUGUUAUGUCUCUAGGCUUUUGUUACAACUACCCAAGUUUUGAGUUUUUGAGAUGUGGCUAUGGCAUGAACUCAAACCAUCUUAUGAGGGUGAAACCUGUUUCUAAUUUCUAUA